CGGGACCCGUUCGGGCUGCCGCGCUUCUGGGACGCGCGAGGUCAGACAUUCAAAGUAACGUCACAGGAAGCUACAAAGCUGAGUUUGGCAUUCUCAAGGCCUCCACUGGCUUCAGCAGAGGAGUGCCAGAAGUUGAGUGAAGAUGUCCAAAAAGCCAUUCUUGCAGUUGCCGCAGUGUACUAUUGGUUCCCCAAGGGCCGAGGUACUACUCUUCGGAAGAUGGUACGAGAUGCUACCACUGAAGUAGUGGAAGGAAUGAUCCAACUCACAGAAGCAAUUCUCAGUGCUCCAUUGGAGAGCUUGUCUCAGGAUCAGCUUAUAUCAACUGGUGGUGUGUGGGAGGCGUGUGAGCAAGUGUCCAACCUGCCACGAGAUAACCAGGCAGCAGUUGUGUCAGCUCUGACUGCAUGUCUAGGUGUGGUCAGAGAUGCUCUGGAGGAGAUGGAACAUGCUCUGGUGGAAGGGCAGGACCCUUACAGUGACAUCAUGGAAGAUGAAGAGCUGGGCCUGCGAGGCAACAGAGACAUGUACUGGUCAGAGGCUGACAGGAAGCUGCUGAGCUCCUGCAUGGGAUUGAUGAAGGCUUCAAAAGCUUGCCUAAAGAAGCUGUUGAGUGUAGUGAAGGCUUACGGCAAAGCUGAUUCUCCAGAGCAGAUUGCUCAACUGGAUGAUCUUGCAGACAUUGCUCAUGAGAUCAGUCCAAGUGUUGAUGAGCUUGCACUGAGCAUGUAUCCACCUGUGAACCAGUUGGCUGUGCGCCUCCAUGCUGCUAAAUUGGCCUCAGUGUUAAAGAAAGUCUUAGAGAUUACAAAGACAAGCCAUGUCUGUCCACCAUCAGAGGAAGGCUGGGUGCAGUUUCUAACUGGUGCAGUAGAUCACAACAUGAACAAAAUCAAGAGCUUCACACAGGGUCAACUUUAGCUCUUCCAUGUCUACAUCUGUUGCUGCCACUGCUGCUGGUAUAUGCUUUUCCAGUGGAUCUCUCUGUUCUCCAGCUACUGGGAG